CCUCAGAUGUCAGAUGUGGUUCAGAUAUUUUUGUUUUUGUAAUUUAAAAUUUUCACGUAAUUCUCGUAGUUUUUAUUUGACGACACAUCUGGAAAUUUAAAUAAAAUUCUCUAGGAUAACAUAAUUAAGUGUGUACAAUGGAUGAUGAUGCGGAAACUUACAAACUCUGGAGAAUACGUAAAACUGUUAUGCAGUUGUGCCACGAUAGAGGAUAUCUAGUAACCCAAGAUGAAUUGGAUCAAACUUUAGAUCAGUUCAAAGAACAAUUUGGGGACAAACCUAGCGAGAAGAGACCUGCAAGAAGUGACUUGAUAGUACUAGUGGCCCACAACGACGACCCAACAGACCAAAUGUUUGUGUUCUUCCCAGAUGAAGCCAAGAUCGGAAUUAAGACUAUCAAAACAUAUUGUACGAGAAUGCAAGAGGAGAAUAUUCAUAGGGCUAUUGUAGUUGUACAAGCGGGUAUGACGCCGUCCGCAAAGCAAUCUCUAGUGGACAUGGCGCCGAAGUACAUUCUAGAACAAUUCCUGGAGUCCGAGCUUCUCAUAAACAUAACAGAGCACGAGUUGGUGCCAGAGCAUAUCGUGUUGACGCCCGAUGAGAAACAGGAGCUUUUAUGUAGAUAUAAAUUGAAGGAAAACAUGCUGAUGCGAAUCCAGGCAGGAGACCCAGUUGCUAGAUAUUUUGGAUUGAAAAGAGGACAGGUGGUGAAAAUCAUUCGAUCUUCAGAAACGGCCGGGAGAUACAUUUCAUAUAGAUUAGUUUGCUAAGAUUAGAUUAAUAAUAAAUUCCAUGUUGUAAGAUAAAAA